AUGCACGGCAGCCUGGUGUCAGGGCUCCUGUCCUCGGUGGUCCUCCUCCUGCUGCUGCAGGACACACACUCAGUCUACAUUCAGCACCAAGGCUUCCAGGUCCAGCUGGAAUCAGUAAAGAAGCUGAGUGACCUGGAGGGGCAGUGGGAGCCCAACCCCCGCCUCCAGACCCAGAGCUUCGUGCCCUCCAUGUGUCACCACCCGGCCCUGCCGCCGGACCUCCAGCCAGUCUGCGCAUCCAAGGAAGCUGCCAGUGUCUUCCAGGCCUUGAAGAGCAUCGCUAAGGACGACUGCGAGCUGUGCGUGAAUGUCGCCUGCACCGGCUGCCUCUGA